GAAAAGAGUGGAUUUAAACUUCUAAAAGUGAAAAAAUGGUGGAUGUAAAGUUAAAUGGAUAGCCAAUGGUUCAGGUGCAGUUUCUUGUGAGUCACAGACUUCAGCAACACUUCUGAGUGAAACAGGUGAACGCUUGAUAAAGAAAACUGAGGGCGCACAGCAGGACUGUUCCACCGUUCAGAUGCAUUUAUCACCACUAGAUACUAUAAACAUGGUGGAUGACAGCUGCCCCUCGCCAGGCAACUUCCAUGAGAUGGGAAAAGGACGGCUGGUGUCUGUUGGGACACAUGUCCACAGCAUUGAUGUGAUCCUGGGUUUCACAAAGGACCCCAUGCCCUUGCUCAAUCCAGAAGUUCAUAUAGUACCUCCUGAGGUUGCUGUGGAAAGUUCAGGGGAUGCAGGAAAACAAGAUCACAUUGUGCACACUUAUGGCACUGUGUCUACAAGAGACAACUCAGAGCUGCCUGCUUUUCAUGACUCUGGAGUACUCAAAACAUUUUCUGACAGUUGUGAGCCUGAACAAAAAGAAGUGUGGAAAUCAACUGUGAACGAUGGGAAAUCUCAAGACCAUACGCAUGAGGAGCAACCGAAGAAGAAGCAUCGGCGAAACCGCACCACCUUUACCACAUACCAACUUCAUGAGCUGGAGCGAGCCUUUGAGAAGUCUCAUUACCCUGAUGUGUACAGCCGUGAGGAGCUUGCCAUGAAGGUCAACCUCCCUGAGGUCCGAGUACAGGUGUGGUUCCAAAACCGUCGUGCCAAGUGGAGGCGUCAGGAGAAGAUGGACACCAGCGUUGUAAAGCUUCAUGACUCCCCAAUGCUCUCUUUCAGCCAACCGCCCAUGCCCACAAGCAUGAGCCCCAUUAGUGACUCGCUGCCCCUGGAUCCCUGGCUAGCAUCUCCCCUGACUAACACUACAUCAAUACUUGCUAUUCCAGACCUCAUGGGGCCUGCACAGGGCCUGCAGACUGGAUAUCAGAGCCAAGGCUUCCUGAAUGCACCACAGAUCAUGAACCAAACUGCGCAGCCAGUGGCACCACCACCGUAUCAGUGCCCUCUGGCCUUUACUGAUAAAUUCCACCUGGAGAAGGCUGACCAACGCUGCUUCAGCAUCGCCGCUCUGAGGAUAAAGGCCAAGGAACAUAUUCAAUUCAUGGACAAAACAUGGCAGACUAUGUGAUAUGGCUGAGCUGAAAACUAGCAGGGGUUAUGGUUUUUCUGUUAGAACCUUAAAUAAGAAAAUAGGCGAAUAAAGCUGAAGCUAGAGGGAGUAAAUAGAAAAAAACCUGUCAACAGUCAGCUCAAUUAAGCGUUUAAUGAGUGAUAAAACUUUGUUAUUUUUUUAAAACUAAGCGACUAUGUUGUAUAUGUAGAAAAGCAUAAAACAAAUCACUUACAGAAAGGAAUGUUCUAUGUGCUGCAUUGUAUGAAAAGUGGUUUCAUUGAUCUUUGAAAUUUCAUUUGAUCAUA